AUGGAGAGCACCCAGGAGCCCCCAAACAGCAGCACCCCAGGGCCCUUUGAUGGCCCCCAGUGGCCCCACCAGGCCCCCAGGGCCAUGUACCUGGCAGUGGCCGUGCUCAUGGGGCUGGUGGUGGCCUCGGCCUCGGUGCUCAAUGGCCUGGUCAUCGUGGUGUCCAUCCGGCACAAGAGGCUGCGCUCGCCCCUCAAUUACAUCCUGGUGAACCUGGCCGUGGCCAACCUGCUGGUGACGCUCUGCGGCAGCUCCGUCAGCCUCUCCAACAACAUCCAGGGCUUCUUCGUGUUUGGGGAGCGCCUCUGCCAGCUGGAGGGCUUCAUGGUGUCCCUGACAGGCAUCGUGGGGCUGUGGUCCCUGGCCAUCCUGGCCUUGGAGAGGUACCUGGUGGUCUGCAGACCCCUGGGAGACUUUCGGUUCCAGCGCCGGCACGCUGCCAGCGGCUGUGCCUUCACCUGGGGCUGGUCCCUGCUCUGGACAACCCCACCUCUGCUGGGCUGGAGCAGCUACGUGCCUGAAGGCCUGAGAACCUCCUGCGGGCCCAACUGGUACACGGGCGGCAGCAACAACAGCAGCUACAUCCUGGCCUUGUUUGCCACCUGCUUCGUGGUGCCCCUCAGCCUGAUCCUCUUCUCCUACACCAACCUGCUGCUGACCCUGCGGGCGGCAGCAGCACAGCAGCAGGAGUCGGACACGACGCAGCAGGCGGAGCGGGAGGUGACACGCAUGGUGGUGGCCAUGGUGGUGGCCUUCCUCACCUGCUGGCUGCCCUACACCACCUUUGCGCUGGUGGUGGCCACCAACAAGGACAUUGUCAUCCAGCCAGCCCUGGCAUCCCUGCCCUCCUACUUCUCCAAGACGGCCACGGUCUACAACCCCAUCAUCUACGUCUUCAUGAACAAACAGUUCCAGAGCUGCCUGCUGGGAAUGCUGUGCUGUGGUUACCACCCCAGGGGCAUGGGGAAAACCUCUCCAGCUGCCCCCGGUCCCCAGGUGGCUGCAGAGGGGCUGAGGAACAAGGUGACACCAUCCCACCCCGUGUGACAACAGCCACGUCCUGCCUGCACCAGUGCCAGCUCCAGGACCUGCCUGUGCCACCCACAGCAGCACAGAGGGCUCGGGGUGGAGCUGAUGGGGGCUCUCCGAGGCUGGAGAGGUCCCCAACAACAUAAAAAAGACAGGACAGUGUCUUCUUGCAGGUGAGGAGCCAUCUCAUCAUGGGAGAAAAUGCAGAUUUUCACUACGUCCCUCUCCUAAGG